GAGGGGGGAGGAUUGCUAGAGGGGACGAGGCGGGCUGGGCGCUGUCCUGGUUUGAUUUUUGUCAACAAGUCUGGUUUUCGACAAAAAGUCUGGCUUAAGGGUGCGCGUGUCAGCGGAGAGGGUUGGGGGAAGGGGCGGUUUGUCACUCUCUGGGUGAAGGGGUAGUGGGCGGGGAGCGCUGAGGGGGAGGCACCCUCAGCCUGAGGGCAAAGUCCAGGUCGCGCUCCUACCCCGUCCUUGGGAGCCCACACCGCGUGUGCCCUCAGCUCUUGGGGGCUGGUAACCCCUCCGGGGCACAAGGAACCGUGUGGGGCUCGGCAUGGUGGGUGUCGGUCCCUCUGGAUGCGGUGGGCAAGCUGACAGCGGUCCCCUCACGGCCAUGGCGGGCAGCCCUGAACCCACCUGUGUGCUGGGCAUAGACCUGGGCACCACGUCGGUGAAGGUGGCCCUGGUGACAGGGACAGAGCGAGGGCUGGUGCUGGCAGAGAGCUGCUCCAGGGAGACGCAGGCACACACCGAUAGCCUGGAAGCUGGACCGCAGGGAAUGGAGCAGAAUGUCCAGAGAAUAAUAAGAGCACUGAAUGAGUGCCUUGCUGCUCUGCCUCAGCAGCAGCUCCAGCGAGUCACCCACAUUGGGAUUUCAGGACAAAUGCAUGGGGUUGUGUUUUGGAAAAGUGAUAAAGGUUGCAAGUGGACAGAGUGUGGCACAGGCCCUGCCUUUGAGCCACAGCACGUCAGUCACCUGGUGACUUGGCAGGACGGCCGCUGCAGUCCCACCUUCCUCUCUUCUCUUCCUCUGCCACAGUCACAUGUGACCUUGGCUACAGGAUUUGGAUGUGCCACAGUCUACUGGUAUUUAAAGAAGAGUCCAGAUUUUCUGAAGGCUUAUGAUGCAGCUGGCACUAUCCAGGACUACGUGGUUGCCAUGUUGUGUGACCUGAAGAAGCCACUCAUGUCUGUCCAGAAUGCUGCCAGCUGGGGAUAUUUUAAUUCCAGAAGCAAAAGCUGGAAUACUGACAUAUUGAAAAAAUCCGGCUUUCCUGUUCACUUGCUUCCAGAGGUGGGAGACCCUGGAAGCAUUGCAGGCAGGACAACCCGUGCAUGGCAUGGAAUACCCAAAGGAGUAAAAGUAGGAAUUGCUCUGGGAGAUUUGCAGUGCUCUGUUUAUUCCUGUCUGACUGAGAGGACUGAUGCAGUUCUUAAUUUCAGUACCUCUGCUCAGCUGACCAUCUCAAUGCCCCCUGGUUUCCAGCCUCCAGAGACACCAGAUCCUUCCUCAGCUGUUACUUAUUUUCCCUACUUCAACGGGGACUACUUGGCAGUGGCAGCAUCGCUCAACGGAGGCAACGUGCUGGCAACAUUUGUGGGCAUGGUGGCACAGUGGACAGAGGAGCUGGGACUUCAGGUCCAGGAGUCUGCCAUCUAUACAAGGAUAAUCCAAGCAGCCUUGGCCCAAAACCACAGCAAACUCUCAGUCCACCCAACCAUAUUUGGAGAGAGGCACAUUCCUGAGCAGUUGGGAUCAGUGACCAGCAUUGCUGCCUCUGAGCUGUCCCUGGGCCACGUCACCAGAGCUCUGUGCCGUGGGAUUGUCCAAAACCUCUGCUCCAUGUUACCUGUGCAGCGCCUGACGGACGUGGGCGUGAGGAGGAUCCUGGGCAGUGGGAGUGCCCUGGCCAGGAAUGAGGUGCUGAAGCAGGAAGUGGAAAGGAUUUUUCCAUUCCCUGUGGUUUACGGGAAAGAUGUUGAUGCUGCUAUGGGGGCUGCCAUGGUGAUGUUCCAUGGGAAAUAAAGUGGUUAUUUGGAAUGGCCUGAGAUGGAAGCUUCUGUUUUCUUCCUGACUCUA